AUGCUGUCUCGAGAGCUAGGCCCCCCUUUGGAUUUGCGGAACCCCGUGGAAUGGGAGGACGCGCGACGCCUCGCGGGGAGCUGCCCGUUGAAUGACCAGCAGUCCGUCCGGGUCCAAGCGCACGUCACGCUGGACGUUGUGCACGGGACUAUUGAGAGAGCGGAGGUGAGGGACGAACAGGAGGCGCCGGAGGGAGAUGGGUGUAGAGGCGGGUUAUUGUGCGACGAAAUGGGACUGGGCAAGACGGUUGAGCUCAUGCAACUUGUGCUUUGCAACACGUUUAAGCCCCACGCCUUGAACGGCAAAGUGAAAGGUUUGCCUGAGGUUCGCGACAAUGACAGAUGCAUGGAAUGCGAAGGCGACGUGUCGGAGAGAGACCAAUACAGCACAUGUCUUGAGUGUGGUGGAAACCUACACGAAGAGUGUACACGAAUGAAUUUUGAAAGGGUGGAUAGCGAGGGCUUCGUCUGCAAGUCAUGUCAUAGUUCAAUGGAAAGGCUGCUAAGAGCUAAUACACCAUUAUCGCAACUUCCGAAGUCCAAGGCAACGGUCGUCGUCAUCCCAACGACGCUGCUCCUGCAAUGGAAAAGAGAAGUAGAGAAACACGUCAGAGAAGCGCUGACAGUGGAGGUUUAUCAGGGGCACAAGAAGGGAUACAUGCCAUUGACGAGGUUGAUGAAGGCAGAUGUAGUCUUGGUCACAUAUGAUGCAUUGAAGGACGACGUGCACACGUUCAACGCUCUCCGAAACCCACGACGAGGUUUGCGACACGCCAAAGUACACCACCCGAUUCCUCUUCCCCUUUUAAGCGUUCGGUGGCACAGAGUGGCUUGGGAUGAAUCCCAAAUGCUCGGCGCAACAGGUGUUUCUCAGGCUGCUCAGUUGGCCAAGUAUUUGCACGCCACUUAUCGUUGGUGUGUGUCUGGGACCCCGAUGACGCACUGCAUCCGAGAGGCAAUACCCAUGUUUGAUAUACUGCAAGUUCAGGACGGGAGGAAUUUUGUCGACUGGUCCUCCUACUUCACGCCCAGUUUCCUCGUGGAGGAUGAAAAGAGAUUGCGAAAGGCCUUGCGAGCUGUGAUGUGGAGAUCCUCGAAGGACGAUGUAAAUGAUGACGAACUUGGGCUUCCGCCUCAAGUCACUGAAGUUGUGCACACGUCCUUCGGUCCGGUCGAGCGAUAUCAUUACUCUUCUCUGCAGGAGAAAGUCAAAACAGCUACUGCAAAGUUGCCGGUAGGAGCGGACACGCGCUCACGGACCAUCUCGUCGGACCUUUUAACAAUGCUGCGACAGGCGUGUUGUCACCCUCAAAUCGGUAUUUCCGGGAGAAAACUGAUGUCUCGAUUAGCGCGACAGGCUCUCGGACCAUCUGGCGCGAAGGCCCUCACACGGUACGACGCAGCAUCGCAGGCAAUGAAACGAGCCGAGUCCCCACUCGAUAUGAACGAGGUGCUCCAUGCGCUAGUGACGAAGGCACAGGCUGAGUGCGCAGAGGCACUGCGAAGUUUCGUUGCCUCUGCAAACGGCCUUGCGGCUACCUGCUGGCUACAGCAAUCAAUUCUUUCAUCAUCAUCAGCGGGAGUGGAUGGAAUUGUUUCUGCCAUACAAUUGUAUAGGGAGACCCUGGGUCUGGUUGAAGAAAACAAGAACGUCGUGCAGAUGGACACUAUCCAAAGGAUGCAUAUCCUGUUCAAUCUGAAUGAAGCUCUAGAUUCUGUAGAAUCGACGAGAAAGAAAGUGUCAGGUUUACCAAUUUCAAAUGCAGAAAGGCAAAAUGCCCUCUCUCAACUCAGCUCGCUUGGGCGAACUCUUCGAGACGAAGACUUGUUAUACGAGGUCAACAAGUUGAAGCAGGAUUACGUUGCUGAAGCCCAAGCUCAACUGGUAGCUGCGGACGCAUCAUUCAAAGAGCUAGCGAGCAAAUUGGGUCGCGAGCCGCUCAUGGUUCAAGAGAAAGAUUAUGAGACGGAAGACGAUUUCGAGACUGCUGUACCUGCUGGGGUAUAUGUCAAGCCUAACACGACUACGAUGUACUGGUGGGAUGUAGCCGUUAGCGUUGUUCUUGAAAAGGAGCAAAAAAAGCGGGAAAGCUUUGUGGAUCGCGUGAUACGCAAGUUGCUGGACGCCAUUCCGGGGGGAGGGUUGAAUGUCAGAACUCUUGCGCAUAGGCUGUCUAGCAUUCAUUCCUUUACUGUUAUUAUUCCCCCCGAGAUUGCGAAACUGCAACACGCUCGAGACAAACUGCACAAGGCCUUGCGUGAAAUGCCAGGUUCAGUGCCACCCUCGCAGGCACAAAUUGCCGAAUCAGGUCAAUGUAGGGAAUGUCGUGAAUUUGGAAUUGGCCCUCCUUGCAGUCAUUGUCGAGCUGAACAUCUGUUUGAAGAUGUUGAAAGACGACUAUACGCCUUGCGGGAAAAUGACACCUCAGCAGACUUUGUAUUGGGUGGCGAAGAAGAACGUGUGGAGCGCACUCCUUGCCCUGAUGAGACGGAAGCAGAUGCAAAGGCAAUUGUAGAUGGUGCAUUACGACCAAAAUCAAGGGUAAACAACUUUGCGCAGAACGCCGGCGGUCUACGCUUCCAAAGCGAGCUGGAGACGAUUCUCAAGUCAUUAUCACUGGUUGCGAAGGAAGCUGGGGACAGCAAACUUGAUAAGAGAAUAUCGCAGUGGUUUGAUGGGUUUCAACUGAUGAAAAAAGAGCACGCAGAAGCUCGUGCUGUGUUCGAAGCGCAGCGGUCGUAUCUUGCGAGAAUGGAUGAAGUGAAUAUGGCGCUGAUGCGACUCUCUGUGCUUGGACGCGACGAAGACUUAUCCUCACUUUCAGUGGACCAGCAACGACAUCGGGUGCCACGCGAAAGCCUCAGUACGCUCAACGUUGAAUUUUCAAGUGAAAAGGCUGUUGCUGAAGGUGAUUUCCGGGGGAAGCGUGGGAACCUUGUCUUUUUGCAGUCGCUUCAAAAAUCCAGCGAGGGGGAAACGACAGCUGGAGAUGAGGUUGUAACAAGGGGAGCUUGUGCCGUUUGCCUCGGGGAAUUUGAUGACUCGGUAACGGAAGUUGCCCUGUUUGCUUGCGGUCAUAUUCUAUGUUGCCAAUGCACGCUGCUGAUGAUCAAAGGAGCGGAUGCAAAGUCAAGAGUAUCAAGCAUUCGGUGCCCGACAUGUAGGGUGAAAUGCUCGGUAGCGGAGAUUAAUUUCACGCGCAGCGCCGGUUGCAAAAUGCGGGAGAACUCGGCAUCGACAGAGGGGGAACAGGGUGAAUCAGACGGUAGCAGUGAAAGCGGGGUGGAGGAAGACUCUGUGGUGGUGGGCAAGCGUAAGCGAGGGCGACGAGAUGUAGAGGGGCGCAGGUGCAAGGCGCGCAAGGUGACAGAGCGGGACUCGACGUUCUACGACGGGUCGGCGGCUGUGGUGGGGCUGAUCGGUGCCAAAGCCAGCGGGGUGGUGCGAACUCUGCGGGGCAUCUGGCAGCAAGACGGGUGUGCCAAGGUGAUCAUAUUUUCCGAGUGGAGCGAGGUGAUCAACGUGGUGUCGCGGGCGCUGCGGAUGAACAAGAUCUCGCACCGGAACGGGGCGCAGACGACGCGAGCGCUGGAGUUUGCGCGGAUGAUCAGCGAGUUCAGGGUUGGCAAGGCGGCGGGCGUGCUGCUGCUGCCGCUGAAGAAGGCGGCGGCCGGGCUCAACUUGACCGAGGCCAGGCACGUGGUGCUGAUGGAGGCGAGCAUGGACGUGUCGAUGGAGAGCCAGGCCGUCGGCAGGGUGCAUCGCAUCGGGCAGGAGGGCGAGACUUUCGUGCAUAGGAUGGUGAUGAAGGACACUAUCGAGGAGUGCGUGCUGAGGUUUGGAGACGCGUUUCGCGGGGCGAGUCGGUGCGAGGCGGAGCGCAGCGUUAGGUUGGAGGAUGUGAUUGGGGAAAUUUGCCAGGGGCAAGGACGAGGCGGCGGCAAGGAUUACGAAGUUGUACAGUAGACUUGUGUUUCAAGAUACGGUACUCGUGGCGUCGCGCGCAACUCUACAGUCUAACUUGUUGUUGGUGCUCUGGCGUGGCGUGUUUAAAAGUGCUCCAUUUUUGAAAGAAA